AUGGAAGGAUAUUAUGAAAACCCUGGGAUUUUUAUAAAUAAGUUGCUACAAUAAGAUGAUUAGAGUGAUUUUGAAGAAGAAUUUGUUUGGCUUUAAAAUGCAUUGAAAUCCCUCAAUUAAUAAUUACGCGGCACAAAUCAAGGAGGACCUGAAUUUAUUGGAGCACAUCCUAAAUCAUUAUCAAAGGCAAAAUUAGCCUAAAUUAAAAAGGAGAUGGUUGAUUGGCUAGUUUGUGAAAAAACAGAUGGAGUGAGAUAUUUGUUAAUUAUCUUAAACAAUGGACAUUGCUAUUUUACAGGUAGAAAUUUAGGGGGUUUAAAUGCUUCAAAUAACCCAUAUCAAUUACAUCUUGUUAAAAUUAGAGUUCCAUCACAAUUAAUAAAUCCAUAAGAAUUGCAAAUACUUGAAAUGUUUGAUGGAGAGCUAAUAAUCGAAAAUUAUCCAAAUAAUACUUAAGCGCUAAACUAUUUAAUAUUCGAUACACUGAUACAUAAUGCAAAUAAUACUUCAAAAUACUAAUAUUAUGAUAGAUUGAGAUGUGCUUAAGAAUACUUGGAAUUGAGAAAGGUUCUAAAAAAGUUAGGUCCUUUAUAAAACAUAGAUUUUCAACCUUUGAAAAACUUUCCAAAAAUUAGAUGCAUUUUAAAAGAUUUUUUUUAUGCAGAUAAAGUAAGGUAUAUUUUCAACAAUUAUAUACCCUUGUUACCUCAUGGAAAUGAUGGACUUAUUUUUACAAAGAAUACUUUUCCUUAUGUGUCUGGUACAAAUGAAAAUAUAGUUAAAUGGAAACCACCAGAAAAAAACACAAUUGAUUUUUUGAUAUGCCCAAAUAAAAAAAUCACAGUUACAGAUUCUAAUUAUGGUUUAUUGGAAUUGUAUGUGAUGUUCAAUUAAAAAUAAAUAAAACAUUUCUUUCUAUUUGAUUUUAUCUAUGCUAAAAAAGAAUUAAUCGAGGAAGUUUAAGCUUAAAUCUUAAAUUAAAUAGAAAGGCUUGAAAAUCUUGGAUAGCAUGAAGGUGUAAAAGGAGUUGUAGCAGAGUGUAAAUUAGAGAGAUUACAGGCGCCUGUUGUAAAAAUAUAAGCUCUUUAUGAUUUAAAUAAAAAUAAUAUUUACGAUGAGUCAAGAGUUGAGAACUUUUAUUAAUAACUGUUAAGAAAUACAGAAUUAGCGUUUAGAUUAGAUUCUCAAUUAUUGCAAAAUUAAAUUAGUUUAUUGAAAGACAUAAGGGAAAGAAUUCAUUUAAAGUAUAACUUUAAAUUCAAUUGGGUUAUUGAAAAAUAUCGAACAGAUAAGACAAGUGCUAAUGCAUUGUUUGUAGCAUAAAACUUACUCGAAAUUAUAAGCGAGGACUUAAAAUAAUUAGAAUUAAUAGAAAUUUUAGAAAAAAAGGAAACUUUAUAAUGA